AGUCAGUCCUGUUUGAGCACUUGAACAAUUUAAUCGUACGCCUCCGUCAAAUCAAUUCUUAAUCAUUUCUCUCUUCAGGUUUAUCUGACAGGAAGACCAAGAGACCAAAUUAUUUUUGUAUUAUAUCAAUCAUGACACCGCAUGCUGCAAAAUUUGAUACUCCAAGACGAAGAGGUCGCUCGCCAACUAGCUCGCCUGACAAAUCAAGUGAUGACGCCUCGCCUUCAAAAGACUUCCGUAGAUCUCAUAGCGUAUGCAUUGCGCCAACUAAAGACGGCAAACAGCACUCGAGAAACAUCGAGAAAAUCGUUUUCUCAGAUGACGGAAAAGUGAAGUUCUACGACGAUGGCAACUUAUCAAUUGCACCUCUUUGGUCCUACCACACCUUUAGUGUUCUUGUUGUCAUGAUUUCUAUUCUUGUUUAUGAAGCUUUCUUUGUAUCAGUAAACGAUGACACAUCGUAUAAUGUUAGACGAGGCGUGUUAGCCGGUGCUAUUGGCUACAUCUGUUACGGCCUUACUCAAUGUGACAGUGGUCCAUUUCAAAGGCCGCAUCCAGCAUUCUGGAGGUUCUUUGUUUGUGUUUCGCUUCUAUACGAGCUCGGAGUUAUUUUUAUACUCUUCCAAAAUAUCGACGAUGCUCGAUCGUUAGUGUGGGAGUUGGAUUCUAGUUUAGGACAACCUCUGGAGGAGCAAAGCUACGGAGGAAGUUGCGAUCUUUGGGAUCCCACUUUGGAUGAUCCAAUGGGAAACUUCUGGGGCAAAUGUGAUGUGUUCAUUCUCGCUCACGUGGCUGCUUGGUGGGCCAAAAUGAUGAUUGUCAGAUCGGUGUGGCUUUGCAUGACAAUGAGCUUUCUCUUUGAGUGCCUCGAAUACAGCUUAGAACACCAGUUGCCUAACUUUGCCGAAUGUUGGUGGGAUCACUGGAUUUUGGAUUUUGUUGUCUGCAAUGGUCUGGGUAUUUGGCUUGGAGGAGUAUGCUUGAAGUAUUUGAAUGCAAAGAACUACCACUGGCGAACCCUUUGGAGCAUACCGUCAAUGAAAGGGAAAAUUUCACGGGUAUUCCUUCAGUUCACACCGUACUACUGGACCGAGUUUCAUUGGAAUCCGUUUCUGAGUAUCCAGAGAUAUGUGAGUUUGACAGCUGUUGUCUGGCUCUUUCUGAUAGCUGAGGUGAAUUCUUUCUAUCUGAAAACUUUGUUUUGGAUUCCGCCACCUCAUUGGUUGAACAUUACUAGGCUGAUCAUUCUGAGUUUUGCAGCUGCUUCCAGUUGCGCUGAGUACUACGCCUUCACAACAAAUGCGAAAUGCGUCAAAAUUGGUCACCAAGCAUGGAUUCUGAUUGCUAUUGUCGCAACAGAAGUUCUCGUUGUCUGUAAGUUCUCAAAAAACGUCAUCACUCUACCACCGCCGAGUUAUAUCAUCUUGUUUUGGUCUAUUGUUAUAUCAUGCUGGCUGGCCUACGCGGUUCAUCAAUUUAUAGUGCCAGCGAUUGCCAAAGUGCUCGCCAGACGAAGUCUUUACUUCAAUAAAGGGUCUAAAAUGACCACAGCUACCGAUUGACUCCGCAGUGUUACAUCAAAAAUACAGUUGACUUCCGCAGUUUUGACUUGCGGAUCCAUUAAUUGUGCUGUCAUCAGUUAUCUACAGUUAUUGUGAUUUUAUUUUGUUGUACAUAGAGUUUAUAUAAUCUUUCUUUAUAAAAUGCCUUAUAUCAAAUACGUAUCAUAGUAUAUGCCUUGAAUUUGUACAUUUGCCAAUCGUAUAAUCAGACCUCAGUGUCAGAUAUCACCAUAUCACUGGUGCUUCUAUUUCAAAUGCUCAAUUUGACUAUCAUUUUUUAUUUGUAAUUUAGUGUGUUUCAUUCCGAGUAAGCAUCUCACAAAAUGUUAUU